AUGUCUCCUUGCAAGUUUAGUACCAACAUGGCGACUCUCAAUAUUUUCUGCUUCUGUAUACUAAGUAUUUUAUCAGCUCCAUUUUGCAGCCAUGCAGCGAGUUACAAGGGCGGAGAAAAGGUAUAAAGUUAGUUUACGUCUCGCAAUUUGUGAAGAAUCAAAUUUUAAAGUAAUCUGUGUUUUCAAGGUUCCACUGUAUGUAAACAAAGUUGGUCCGUACUUCAACCCACAAGAGACGUAUCAUUACUAUUCCCUGCCAGUCUGUAGACCUGAAAAGGUAACAUUUUGAAAUUAAUUAUUGUUUUCCUUUAAUAUAGAGAUCAUGGUUUGAGUUACUUUUUCUAAUAGAUGCCUGUUAAAUGCGUACGAUCUGAGUAGAACACAGAUGAACAUAUGAAGCGUGAUUAAGCGUCGGUAAAGCCAUUAUGAAGAGUAUUAUGAAGAGUAUAAAUUCUAGAGUUAUGCGCUGUAGUCUGUUUCUUGUUAUUUUAAAGAUUUUCUUGUUGUAUUUAGGUAGAGCAUCGUAGUUUAACGUUGGGAGAAGUUUUAGAUGGCGACAGAAUGGCUGUUGCCUUACAUCAAAUCAACUUCAAAGGUACACAAUUUUAACUCUAUGUGGUAAAAGUGAACGUCAGUUUCUCCACAACCGUCAUUCAAUUUUGGCAGGAAGUGUGGUCUGUCUCAAAUAGCAUAAUAAAUUGGUUGAUUCAGUCAAGUUAGGCUAAAUUUGCUGCCUUGAAGGCAUCGAUCUUUAUCAGUAAGUGACAUCUGGCAAAAUGCAAGGGGCAACUUAAGGUGGAAAAGCAUACCAUUCAGGUGUAGUAAGUGCUUCCUUCACAUGGAGGCCUUCCAAGAUUUAACAUUGCAGAUGGGGGCAUAAUCAGACAGGGUUUGAGCCAGGCCAUGCCACUGCGCCAAUCCCACACUGCAAUUUAAAUUGUCCCCUAAAAAAAUGGGCAAGGGGACAAUUUGUCUCCUUCAAAAUUUAGGGAAAAAACUUGAAAGGAAGCACAUUUUAUUUUGGUACAGAAAUUGCGAGCUAAAACAGAAUGUGGAAAGUAUAUUUUAUCACACGUUUAAAGUUCAUUCUAAAGUCACGUUUCAGUCUCGCUCUACUGCACAUGUAUGUCUCAUGCUCAACCAAGUGUGGUGAACGCACCUGGCAAUCUCUACUGCGCUUUUCACAAACAUGCGAACUCUAAAGUUCAAAAGCCACAGUCACAAUUGUGUUUUUUGCUGCCGUCAAUCAUAAUUACGAUCACAAGCAAUACACCUUGAAACACAGAAACUCACAAAACAGAUUGAAAUCAUGACCUUUUGAACCUGUUAAAGUUGUUUCCUAAUCGGUCCGUUAAGAUGAUUGACGGCCGCAAAAAACGCAAUGUCAAAAAUUGUCAAAAAUGCAGAAUUGAAUGGAACUUUGUAAAGAGCUGGUUGUUAGAGAGCAUUACCCUAUGGGCCACAUUGCUGAACUAUGGAAAAUGCUCGCUACCCAUUGUAGCGACGAGGUUCAAGAUAUAUGAUCAGAUAUAUUUGCAGCAUUUACAAGUCAAUAUGGCUCCUGUUGGUUUAUGCCAUGAAAACUUGGCUGAGCUCCAACAGUAACCACCAAGUUUAUGGGAUUUAACACAUUGACCCCAAAAAAUGACUAGCAUCUAACUUCCUCUCGCAAUAUCACUCCUAAUCAAGCAUUAGUUUUAUGAGAAAAAAGAUGAUCACCAACUAAACUGGUUCAUGGGUUCAAAUCCCGUACAGGCCUGAAUUUUUUUCAGGCCUUAUUUUCACUACUGCUCAAGUAGUGUACAUUACUGCAAGGAUCACUUUCAUAUUCACGUCUUUGUCUACAACCUCAAACAUAUGACUUUCAUAUAUUCUUAGCCAUUUAUACAUACCGAUGUUAGGGUGUAAAGGGUUAACUUUGCUCAAAACUGAGUUUCGUUUUGAAUUUCCUCAUCUCUAGAGCAAAAAGAAAAUGUAAAGCUUUGUACUGUUACACUCAAGGAAAAAGAAGUUCAGCAGUUACAAGAGGCCAUUGAAGAUUUGUAUUACUUUGAAUUUGUUUUAGGUGAGGCUGCUUUUCUUUUUUUUAACUUCCUGACAAAGAAUUGUAGUUAAUCAUAGCAGAGAAGAAAUCAGUAAUGAAAUAGAUAUUGGUUUCAUUAUUCUUUUCUCCCACAGAUGAUCUUCCUCUGCGGGGCUUUAUUGGUCACUUGGAAGAAGGAGGCUUCUUGCCUCACACUCACAAAGUUUAUCUCUGGGCUCAUUUGAACUUUAACAUAGAAUUUAAUGGGGAUCAGGUAAGCUCAUAUUUGCACAGAAAUCAUAAGUGUCAGGUGUCUUGCCUAUAUAGUGAUGAAUGUGCAUUCAAUAUUUUUUUUCAGAUUAUUUCAGCAAAUGUAAGUACAGCAAAUCAUCAACCAGUAGCUCUGGAUGACAUUGAGUUGCCAUACAAUGUGGAGUUCACGUACAGUGUCCUGUGGAGCUCAACUGAGUAAGUAUUAACUCUUUACACCCUAAGAUCAGCAUGCAUAUUCUCCAUACUGUUCUCAAUACAUUUUUUUUGGUGCUGAAAAGGAGAAUUUGUUUAUUGAUCAAAAGCUUCUUUCGUUCAUGAUCAUUUCCUUUAUUCUCAUAACCUUAAUGUGGGAUUCAGGAGUAAUAUUGUAGGGAGAAAUUAGAUACUAGCUACUCUUAGGAUUUAAAGGAUUAAUAGUGGAUUGUGACAAAUUCUCUUUGUGGUAAGGGGACAUUUCUGCUGUGCUGGUGUGAGAAUUUGGUGUCACAUUAAGGCAAUAAUUAUAAGUUUUUCUAUAUCUGCAUCACUUUUUUCCUUUCCAAUUUAUCAUUACUUUGAUAAUGGGAGGAGAAGUUUUACAUCAUUCAGUACUAUUUCACAAAGGGUGAACACUUUCUUUGUUUGACUCAGUGGCCUACUCAGUUUGUGGGUAAUUUUCAUGGACUGUUCUUUUAGUUUCGUGAACUUUCUUGCAAAAGUUGAUUUAUUCGUUAAAGAAUUUCUGGUUUUGUAUUUUGUUGAAAAGCUCUCCAUACUCAGAGAGACUGAAAAUCAAAGGGGCUGGAAGCUUUUUUCCUAAGAGCCUGGAGGUAAGAGAAUAGAUCAUUGAGAGUUCAUCAUGUAGUUUUAGAUAAAGGAAAUGUAGACAGUAAGAGUUGUACCCUGUGUUUAUUCAUCUUUUCUUACCUCUGUCACAACCUAAUUACAAAUAAUGAUCUGCUCAUAUAUAGCCACUGAUUGUGUCAGAUUACAAAAUGAUUCUUGGCUGGUUCUACAUACACCACAGAUCUCAGUUUUCAGGCUUGAGACUGAAAGCUGAUGCAUAGUGAAGUAUGCAAUAUAAGGGAAAUGUUUUUUGAUAAGUUUAUUAUAAUCACUUGAUUUUCAGAUUCACUGGCUGUCAAUUAUCAACUCUGUAGUGCUGGUCUUCUUGUUGAUAGGAUUUGUAGUUAUCAUCCUGGUGAGCAGAACUAUGUUGAAUUUCUUAGGUUUAUAAUUACAGUAUGGGUAGCAAAAAUGACAGGCAAGUUGCAACCCAUUGGGUAGCCAUGGUGACUUGCAAUUGUGUGCCAUAAAAUACUACAGGGUGGAUGUAAUGAACUACAUGAUCAUCUUUCAGAGAUUUUUUAAUCUUAUUACUUGACUGUUCUCUUCAUUAGAUGCGAGUACUCAAGAGUGACUUUGCAAAGUAUAAUGUAUCUGAUGAUGAAGAAAUGGAUGACAUAGGUGAGAAGCGUAUACUGAUAAUUGAUACUCCUGCCUUGAUUCUGGAUCCCUGAUUCUGGAUAGAUUCAAGUAUCAAGGAUGGAGUUUCAAGUUGAGAUUGUCAACUUACUGGUACUUUUGAGUAGUACUGUACCUACAUCCCUGUUUUAGAGUUAAAGAUCUUGUACAUUUGUUACACAUUCACUCUGCUUCUCUUUUGGACCGUGUUUUAUUUGAUCCUUGGCUUGCAUACCUGGUCUUGGAUUGUUGUACGACACGGACAGCAAAAUGGUGCAUUUGUCUUAAAAUCUCCAUGCAGUUUAUCCUUUCUGUAUGAGUUGCACAGGACACCAACAUGUAGACAUGUGCAAAUUUAAGGUCAAAUACAAUGCUAACCCUAAGAGCUAUAACUACUUUUGUUACUCUUGGUUAAUACUUUUUUCUUUGAAGAUUCUCUUUUUGGACUCAAUAUUAUACAUGUAGCUACUGUUAGGCUUAAAGAUCUUUGAAUUAAAAGCUUUUUGGUGUUGACUGUAGUACUUAUCAUUCAAAAGAUCAGGAUCUAUAUUCAAGCAAAACCACAAAAUGACAAAUAAAUUAUAAAUUAAAGGUUACCAUAUUAGUGCUGUGCGCAGAUAGGUUAUUCUUUCAGUGUAUUCUUGAUACAGUAACAGACUAGAAAAUGUUUCUAACAGUUUUUUUUUUAAUCAGACAAAUGAAAGCUACAGAACUUGAAUGGUAGAAAUACCUUUAUUACAUGAUCAAUAAUAUUUUCAAGAUGUGAACAAGAAAGAUAAAAUAAUGAAAAAGAAAAAGUGUUUAAACUGGUUGAACUUUUUACACCCCAACAUCAUUAUGCAUAUACUCCAUACUGUUAUCUAUACAUUUACUAGAUUCUAACAAGGAGAAUUUGUUAAACCAUCAAGAGCUAUGUUGGUUGCUGAUCAUUUCCUUUAUUCUUGUGAGUUAAACAUUUGAUUUAAGGGAUAGAUUGUAAAGAGAAAUUAACAGGUCAAAUCUUUGGUGCAAUAGGAGAAGAUCACUUUGUUUUAAAAGUGAGUUUAUGUUAUUCUAUUGCAGAUCAUGAUGAAGUGGGUUGGAAGAUUAUUCAUGCGGACGUUUUCCGUUUUCCACCAUACAAAAGCUGGCUCUGUGCCAUCCUUGGUAAGUUACGUUUCUUGAUUCCCUCUCUGAAUAGACCAACCUGAGAUCUUAACCACUCAUUCAAAGUGUGAUGAAAGUUACCUAAAGUUUGUGCUGAGUGUGUUCAUCCUUAUGAUGGCCUUCCUGGGCAUGUUUAAUGUACAUAUGAAGUGGGGUCAUGUACAUAACUGAGAUGCUUAAUUUAGCUUAUCUGUUGCCUCUUAGGUGCAGGAUCCCAAUUCCUCACUCUCUGCUUUGGUAUCAUAUUUUUGGCUUUGUUGGGCUUGUUUAAUGUUCACAGGUAGGAGUGAUAGCUUUCCCUUUACUUCACUACACACUGUGAAUGCACCACCCUCUCAAGAGAUAUAAUAACAAAAGUGAAACCAGUUGUGAAUUGGUUAUUUUUAUCGUGCACACUUAACACUUUAACUCCCAUGAGUGACCAAGAGAGAAUUUCUCCUUGCAGUGUCAAUACAAUAUCAAGCAGACAAGUUAUUAGGGGAUCAUUAGUUGAUCUAAUAACAAAUUCUCUGAACUAAAAUCAUAAGAAUUCUUUGCCAGACAGUAAGGAGAAUUACUUGAGAUCUUGGGAGUGAAAGGCAUUAAACCUUUAACAACCAGCAGUGAUUACCAUGUAACUUCUCCCUAUAUUAUCCAUACAUUAUACAGCAAACAGGUAGUGAGAAUUCUCAAACUCAUCAGGUACAAGUUAUUACCUUGAUUGAACACCAAAUUCUUGCAAUCAAUUUACAAGGAAAUGUGUAGAAGCUAGAGGGGAGAAUUGACAAUCAGAUCUUGGGAGUUAAAGGGUUAACAAAGUUGCCAGUUUGUUCCUUUGAACUCUUACGGUGUCCUUGAUAUAAUUUCUCUGCUCUUGUUGAAUGUUAUGAUGAAAUUAGUUGGAUGUGCUAUUAGGAUUUUAAAUAUUGUAUGAAGAUGCUUUCUUAAAUGCUGAAAAUAAUGAAAUCAGUGAUGAACAAAUUUGUGAUUUGACUUUCAGACAUGGAUCAAUGAACACAGCAGCUGUUUUGUUGUAUGCCCUGACCUGCUGUAAGUGUUCUUUCACUUAAAAAGUUUUCUUACAUUUUAUUUAGUUAUACUCACUCACGAGUUAGUCAAAUAUCAAAGAUGGAUGCUUGAACUUCACAUAUUUACUGUACAUAUGACUUCAUACCUUCAUACAUAUGACUUCAAAAUAUAAAAAAAAAAUAUCUUUAUCAAUUGAAGGCAUUUGUCAAAACUUUAGGAACUUUUUGCAUCAAACUUUUUUAGGGUAAAUCUAUGGUAUAAGUCAAAGCAGUUAUACUGUUAGUAGUGAUUAGAAUUCUGCCCUCUGACCAUUGUCCUGGGUUUGAUCUAGUCUGUUGUCACAUCAAGGGUUUCUAUUUGGGACUAUUAAAUUUUUUCCAGUCGCCAGAGGAAUCAAUUUGGUCACUCAAAAGAUUUUUUCUUCUUUUAGGCAUUUCAGGCUAUGUAUCUAGUAACUUUUAUAGAAAAAUUGGUGGAACCAACUGGGUGUGGAAUGUUGUCUUGACAACCAGUAUUUUUUCAGGUAGGUUUUUUAUAUGGACUGUCCACAUGUUUCAAAACUAAGUCAUGUGAUUUGAUUGAAUUUUACAAUUUGCCUAGAUAAUUGAAACAUACUGUUGAAGAUAGCAAGUCAUGAUUGUAAUUUACUGUUACUUCUUUUCCUUUAGUGCCAUUCUUUAUGAUCUGGAGUGUCAUUAACUCAACAGCCUGGUAUUAUCAGUCCACGCAAGCUCUUCCAUACACCACUAUAAUUCUCCUGAUGCUCAUCUGGCUCAUUGGUUAGUUCUCAUAUUCAAGACACGCACACUCUACACUGAGGCUUUAAAAAAAGUUUGCCCUUCCCCCAUUUUCUUCUUGCCCCUUGUCUUCCAGUGUCUGUUCCCACCCUCUACUCUUGCAAUGUUUUCCAGAAAUCUCAAAGUACCCUGCCUUAAAACACACACACACACACACACACAUACAUGAGCCAUCAAAGAUUAAUUACAAAUUAAUCAUCUGAAGGCCUAAGCUAUCCGUUUUUGGACUUUGGUCAACCAUUUAAAUUUUUUGCCAUCCGUUUAAGCGAUUAUGGAAACUGUUUAAAUGCCUGAGUUAGCCAUUUAGUAUCCGUUUAAAACUGUUUUUCUAGGCUGUUUAACAAAGUGCUAGUUUCCGUUUUCCCAUGGAGGGUCACAUUUAUUCCAGGUCAAGACAGCUAUUAUAUACAGCAGUAAUAUUGUAUUAUCAACUGAGUUGAUAUCAAAAAUUGGCCACCAUAAGGAGUUUGAAAGCUGAUGUUUUGAGUGUUAUUUGUUACUCAGUCGAUAAUACUAAAUUAACCUGUUAUACUCCUCCACGAACGAAGCACCACAGUUUCUUUAGAAACUUGCCCCUUUUAUCCUACAGCUUUGUCUAGUUAAAUAGCCAGUGCUUCAGGAUUGGGUACCCUUUCUUUCCCAUUCCUUCCCUUGCUUAAUUUUGAUUCUGAUCACUUUCCUUGUCCUUCAAGUGUCUCUUUGGAAAUUGUCUGAAAGAGGAACCAAACAUACUUUUGUUUUAGGUCCUGGUCUCUCAGCACCGUUGUCAACCAUAGAUGUAUUGUGUUUAUUGUUGCUUACAGUUGUUUCCAAUGAAAAUUAUGAGUGUGGCUGACUUGAUCAAAGCUUCACAUGGAAGAUGUUUCAAACAAUGACUUGUUGUCAAGAACUAAGAUCCAAGUUUUCCCAAAUCAAAACAGUUCAACUGACUGCUUGACUGCUUUUCCCUGUGAUAGUUACACUUUUAUGGAAAAAUAUGCAUUAGUUGUUUAAAAUGUUACUUAGAAAUUUGUAAUUACCUGUAGAUGAAUGUUCUAUGUUUGGAUUGCUUUUCUUAAAGUUGGUUUCCCGUUAACCAUUCUUGGUGGGAUAUUUGGCAAGAACUGGGCAGGAAGCUUCAAUGCCCCAUGCAGAACUAAGAACAUUCCCAGAGAGAUUCCUCAGAUACCAUGGUAACACUUCAAUCAGUUAUUCUUUUUAGUAAGGACCAUUUCCCAUAAGAUCAUUUCCCUUAGCUCACUUGUUCUUAAUUGUGAAUGUGAGCCAAAUUGGAUUCAUCAAGAGCUACAUCAUGCUUAUCUGCUAUUUCUUACAGUUUUCUUGACAGUUUUCUUUGUUUAAUAAUUUGCUUAAAUUUGUUUUGAAUUUUUUGUGAGCUUCCAGUAACUUUGCAUCCAAAAUUUUUUUUUGGUUCAGCAUUUUGUUGGACUUAAGUCUGUCUUAAGUAUUUAACCUAACAUUAUGACAUAGCUUUUGUCCUCUUUUACAUUCCUUAUGGUGUUUUACUCCUUGUGUAGAUAGUUAACCCUUUAACUCCCAUGAGAGACCAAGACAGAAUUUCUCCUUACAAUAUCAAAACAAUAUCAACCAAAUGAGUGCUUAGAAUAGAGAAAAAUAUCAAUCUGCGGAUAAUUAAUUGAUCCAAUACAAAAUUCUUUGAACUAACAUUAUAAGAAUUGUAUGGUUUACAGUAAGGAGAAUUACAGAUUCGAUCAUUUCCUUUCUUCCAGGUAUCGUAGCACAUUGGUGAGGAUGGUUGUAGGGGGUUUCUUACCAUUCAGGUUUGUUUGUUUAUUUGCCUGUUUGUUUGCAAGGAUUUGUGUAGUGUCACUGCUAGCCCUUUACACCCUAAAAUCAAAAUGCAUAUUCUCCAUACUGUUCUCUACAUGUUUCCUAAGUUGCUGACAAGGAGAACUUGUUAAAUAAUCAAGAGCUUCUUUAGUUGGUGAUCAUUGUCUUAAUUCUUGUUACCUUAAUAUUGAAUUCAGGGGCAAUAUUGUAUGGAGAAGUUAGAUGCCAAUCAGUUUUAGGGGUCAAAGGGCUAAGAUAAUAAAACAAUGUGGUACCCAAAAUGAUAUGCUUCUUGUUCUGUGCUUGUUUUGGCCUAAAGCCCAAAGAGUGUAAUAUCAGCAAGGUUUAUUUAGUAAGGUCACACUUUCUUUUAAGCUCUGGAUGUUUGAGCUUAAAAAAAAGUGUACUUUACUACAUACAGUAUCACUUUUAACUUUACCUUAGCUUUUGUGAUCCUUCAAAAUCUGCGCAAUGAAUAUUAAUUUCUCAUAGAAGCAGGAAUUUUUUGAUCAGGCUUGCGGAAAGUUGAGUGAAACAAAAUUUCACUCAUAUAUUGCAUUUGUGUGAAUAACACGAGAUAAAUCUAAUGGCAAAAACUUGCAAGUACUCUUUUUAUUGCAUGCUUGGAACUACAUACACAUGAAGCGCAGGUAAUUCCUCCUCAUUACACACUCCUGAGAGCGUGUUUAGGUACUAUGGUGAGAGGAGGCCACACCUGAUUCAACAUGAAUUAUUAAUAAUAUUAUUGUGGAAACUUUCUUUGCAGUGCAAUCUCUGUGGAGCUGUACUACAUCUUUGCCACACUGUGGGGCCGUGAACAGUACACCUUGUAUGGAAUACUUUUCAUAGUGUUUGUUAUCCUUCUGAAUGUCACAGCCUGUAUCUCCAUUGCUCUGACAUACUUUCAGCUUUCGAGUGAAGACUAUCGCUGGUGGUGGCGUUCACUUAUGUGUGGAGGGUGAGGCAAUUUGUUGCAUGAUUUUAAAACUUUUUUGCAGAUACGUGUUCUAUUACUACUAUUUUCUAUCAAUAACUCAGAGGUAUAGAACACCAUGAAAGGUGCAGCAGCAAGCCAUGCAAGUCCUUUCUGCUACAGACCCACCUACCCAUCAUCCCCACCAAGACUCCUCAAAGGUUUCUAAUGCUUAUCUAGACAUGUACUGCUUGCAGUGCUCAUGAUAAAAAGGGAAAAGGUUUGAGAAGCAUGAUUUUUAGAGGUUAAAAAAGUAUAAAAAUGAAGAAAUUUUGGCACACAAGGUAUAGAAGGCACAGGAAUUAGCAGAUUCCAGACCAUUUUUUUUUUAGGAUUUGUAUAAAAUAUCUAUACAAAGCUCUAUGUGAAUCUGUGACCUGUGUUGUCCUGAAACUUAUUGACAGAAACAUGCAUUUGAAAAAUCUCAAGUGUUUUUUACUUUAUGUUAAGUACUUAACUGUUUGUUAUGUUAAGAUACUUCUUAAUUUGUCAUGUUUUGUGUUGUUGCAAUGAGUUGUUUUAAUGUCCUCUGUGAGUCAGACCGUUCUUAAGUUUCCUUUACUUGUUUCUUUUAGGUCUACAUCUAUUUUUGUGUUUGGUUAUGCUAUGUUUUACUACUACAAGAGGUCCAACAUGUCCGGAAUGCUUCAGUCUGUACAGUUUUUUGGAUACACGCUGCUGACAUGCUAUGUGUUCUUCCUGAUGCUCAGCACUGUGGCUUUCUUUGCCUCCUUAAAGUUUAUAAGAUACAUAUAUGUCAACCUGAAGAUGGACUAACUCAGAUCAAAUCAAGGAUGGGAAGUUGGGACAAUUUGAAGCAGCACAAUCCACAAAUUGCAUGGACCUAUGUGUAGAACUAAUAUGAACUUUGUUUGAUGAGAGCACCAAAGAGUGUUUGGGUUUUUUCAAGCUGUGUAAGCAUACGAUACUAAGCUAUUAAAUUUUGCCAGAAGUGGAUUAACUUUUCAUUCCCAAGAUCUGAAAUAAAUGUUGACUGAGAAUUUAGCGUUUUAUCAAGGCAGAAUUUCUCAAUCGAUCAUCUCUUUAUUUCCAAGAGCAGUCACACCUGGAAGGGAAAGAAGUUAGUGCAGAAACUUGGUGGUGUUGUAACAUUUUGAGGUACACAUCCUGGUGUAUUUAUUGUUGGUCAAAGCUGACUAGCUAUGCCAAUUUAUCUCAUGAUCAAAUUCCAAGUAAUCACCAUCAUUAUUACUUCUGAAUUUUCCUCCACUUUUCUCAUGAAUUUUUAACAUAAAUAGAGAUAUCUCUUUGUUUAUUUUUGAAUUUCAAAGUUAAACCCAACCAGACCCUAGUUAUAGAGAGCACCCUUAAACUAGGGGCACUCCUCUUUUAGGCCUCAGUUUGCAAAGAGAGUACAAAAGUCAAAUGAAAACCUUGAAAGAAUAUGGGUUGCAAAGUGGACAAGGAAGAGUUCAUGGUUUAAGCCCCAUAUCAAUUUUUUUCUUAGUUUAUUAUUUAUGUUAAGGAGCAUAUAGUCACCCACAUCUUUUGUAAUGAUUUAACAUGAAUUAAAUGCCACUUUAUUUGUGUUAACCCUUUAACUCCCAGAUCAAAUUUGUAAUUUUCCUUACUGUCAAACAUACAAUUCUUAUAAAGUUAGUUCAGAGAAUUUAGUACUGGAUCAACUAGGUAUCCCCAAAUUGAUAUUUUUCUUUAUUCUCGUCUCUUAUCUGGUCAAUAUUGUAUCAAUAUUGUAUGGAGAAAUUCUGCCUUGGUCACCCAUGGGGGUUAAAGGGUUAAAGGAUAUGUGGAUGAUUAUAUGUCGACUUGAUAUGUAUUAAGUGAUAUAAUUAUAAUUCAUAUUACAUGACUGUAUGAUAUUGUAAAAUAUUGGGUUGAUCAUUUGCUAACCCAGCAUGCACUAAGUGGCUUAUAAUUCAUGUGUUACUAUUCGACAAUUAUAACAUAAGCGUGGGAUUUCUGGUUGGUGAUGGUUGCUAAGGGCAUAGCCUCCAUUAAUUUUUAUGUAUGGGAACCAAGAGCAAAUAAUAUAAUUGUUUUAGUAUCAUUUUACUAGAUGUUCAAUACUCAGCAUCAAGAAAUGCCUAUGAUUUUGUUUUAUUUUGUUUAAAACCUCACUUCAUUAGGCUAAUAAUAUCACAGAUAAUAUAGUAAACUAGAAUAUACACACGCUUUGAUUGGUUUUACUCAUGAUCUAAUGUUAACUGUAUUUAGCAUUUUAAUUCUCCCUUCAGCUGCUACACAUCUCUUUGUAAAUCAGUUGUGAGAAUUUAGUGCUAGAUCAAGAUAACUUCCACCUGAUAAGUUGGAGUCUUCUCAAUACCUGUUUGCAGGAUAAUGUAUGAAUAUUAUAGAGAGAAGUUCUGUGUUAAUCACUUCAGGGAGUUAAAGGGUUAAAAAAAAUAAUAAAUAGAAAGUAGUGCAUCCAAUCACACUGUAGUGUUUGUAAUAGAGCACUAAUAGAUUUAUAAUAGCAUGAAAGUAUGUGGAUGAUUUAUUAUUCCUCUACAUAAAUUGUAUGAUCUUUUCUUCAUUGUUCACACUGUAAUUUCUCUGCUCACUUGAUAUGGAUUUAACUUAUAGAAAAGGAAUUCUUACAUUGGGGUAAUAUAAAAUUGUUAUCAAUGAUACUUAAUUAGAUUGCUGUUAAGGAUUUGAUGAGCCAAUUACUAGAGAGUUAAGACUAUU